AUGAAGUUCCUAUUGUCCAUCGACUGCUUCAUCGACUCGGAUUGUCCAUUCUCUGGUCAUUCAUGUGUCGAAGGGCAGUGCCUUGUGGUUCGUCGUCCAAUUGCUCAUCUCGAUGAUCCUCAACACUGUGAUCCAGAAUGUCCACCUCAUCUCGCAUGCCUCUGGGGACAAUGUGUGGAUGGUCGGAGAAAAUUCCAAGGGCUCAGAGGAUGUUCGAGGGACAGCCAAUGUGGAACAUUCCAAAUUUGCGUUUUUGGAGAGUGUGUUGGUCUUUGA